ACUACCUAAGCUCUGGUGAGUAGCCUCAAGUCCCACUUAUGGACCCAUCAGUCCAUGUUGCCAUCAAGAGCAUCCGCAUAUGCCGUGUACCAAAGUUCUUCUAUCAUGCACUUACCCGAUCCACAAAUACCCUGCAUUAGCCUAACCCUGGCAAAAUAUCCGUGAGUCUAAUCUUUACCACAUAAUCAUUGCGGCAGGUAUAAGCAGAUAGGCGUUGGAACCUAUUUGGACCGUUACCGAACUCACUCUUCACCUCACAAAUCGCUAGCUCUUGCCCAUUGUCUAUACUUCAUCCAUGAUGGAUCACCAGGCAACCAUUCCUCCAGGUCUACCGAGAGACCAUCCCAUACAAUCAUACUGGCAAGAUCCCCCAGACGCCAUAGCAGACCAUCGAACAAGUCUAGACCUACCCUCCCAAGCAUACAUUGUAAUUGUCGGAUCUGGAAUCAGCGGCGCCACCAUUGCUUAUAACCUUUUGUCCGCAGACCCUACGCUGAAUAUUGUUCUCCUUGAAGCUCGUCAGGCUGCCAGUGGUGCAAGUGGUCGAAAUGGCGGCCAUACAAAGACUGCGUCGUAUCGCUCAUUUACCGACAACGUCAAGUCAGUAGGCACUCAAGAUGCCACAAGGAUUGCGCACCUUGAAUACAACUGCAUGGUCGCUAUCCAUGAUUUCAUCAAGACCAACAAUCUCGACUGUGAUUCGAAGAGAUGCCAGACUGUCGAUGUCUUUUACGAUCCAGUGCAGUGGAAGGCGGCACAAGAGUCUGUGGCCCUGAUGGAUGAAUUGAUGGGAUCAUCCGCUCCAAAGCAUACCUUUCACACCCCUGCCGAGACAUCGUCCCAAUUCCUCGCCCAAACACCCCUUGGCUCUCUGGAGUACGAGUCUGGUAGCCUCAGCGCCUACAAACUGACCAUCUCGAUCCUCAAACUUGCAUUGUCCAUGAAUCUCAAUCUACAAACCAACACUCCUGUCAACUCCAUAGUCAAAUCACCUUCGACCGGCGAAUGGCAAACUACCACUCCGCGUGGCACCAUCAGCAGCAAGAAGCUGAUCCUGGCUACCAAUGGCUACACAGCACACCUUUAUCCACCACUUCAGGGUGUCAUCGUCCCUCUUCGGGGAGUGGUGACCGCUCAAAGGCCCGGUCAAAAUAUGCCACAGCAAGGCCUGCCCACUACGUUCUCAUUCAUCUAUUCUACUGGGUUUGAAUACAUGAUCACCCGGCCCGCAGGGACAACCCAUGAAGGUGACAUCAUCAUUGGGGGAGGAUUACCAUAUGCCGCCAACAAUGGAGUUUCCGAGUACGGCAACACGGACGACAGCGCUUACGACGAGGGCAGUGCUUCAUACCUCCUGGACACGACCCGACAAUUCUUUGGUUCUGAGAAUUGGGGAUCAGACCAUCCGGAAGGUCAUGCGCGCAAGAUUUGGAGUGGUGUCAUGGGCUUCUCGGCUGACGGAUACCCGUUUGUAGGCCCUGUUCCCGGCGAGCAAGGACUGUUCCUCGACGUCUCUUUCCAGGGCCAUGGCAUGGUGCUGUGCUUUUUAUGUGCCAGGGCCCUAGCAGACAUGGUCUUGGGCAAGGAUGACGGCUUGCACGAAUGGUUCCCAGAUGCCUACCGCGUUACAGAAGAGAGGUUACGAAAGAAAUUCACGGGCAGAGUCUGAAGAUGGGAUUCAAGAUACUUGGAUAACGUCAUCUAGUUGUAUUGUCAAGGUAUGGAUUCUUGUAUAUCGUAGCCAUCAUAUAGCGACGGGGUCAUGCCACACAGACACAGCACACAUGCAAGAACACACC